AUGGCCCAUGGUUUUCCUUUCUCCUCUCCAAAACCAACUGUUUGUGUAAAUCUCUUUCAGCUAACCCUACCCAUGACUCCAUUUAAACCUUCACAUCAUCAGCAAGCCAAGUCCAUCACCUUCACCAACGCCCCCAACAAAGAUGUCUCCAUUCCACAUCAAAAAUCCAGUACAAAUACAGUAUCCUAUCGGGUAGAAUAGUAGUAGGCUACGAAGGUUGUCUCAAUUAAGUUUCUUCCUUUCUCUGUCUCUCUCUCUUCCCUGUUUGGGUCUUCUGUUUCACCUGAAACUUGUACGUUUGAUUUUGGUGUUUCUUUUCGUCUUCUCUCCAAUACCCAGAUCAUAAUUUUUGCAUUUUCGUGCUCUUCUUGAAUUAACGAGCUCGAAUUAUCUCUUUGUUCUGCACAAAUCUCCUCCUCUCUGUGGUCCGAAGAAUGUUAUGUUUUGGGUAAAAUCUGUGUAAUUUAACAAUUCGUAGCGUUUUUGGGGUUGUUUUUAUCGAGUUUGGAUAGUUGAGUGAACAAUGGGGAUGGAGAAAGUAGGAGGCAAAGGAAAGGAUAGUAGCGACUCUAAGAAAAGGGGCCGGCGAAGGCAAAAAAAGGUGUCAACGGUUCAGAAACUGUAUGAGACUUGCAAGGAAGUGUUUGCCAAUUGUGGGCCUGGAAUUGUUCCAUCACCAAGUGAUGUUGAACGGCUGAAGUCAGUUUUGGAUAGCAUGACAGAGGCCGAUGUUGGCCUGAGCCCAAAUAUGCCAUUUUUCAGGGCAAAAGAGACUGAACGAGUUCCUAGAAUAACAUAUCUACACCUUAAUGACUCUGCCAAAUUCCAGAUUGGGAUUUUCUGCUUGCCGCCUUCAGGAGUCAUUCCACUCCAUAACCAUCCUGGAAUGACGGUUUUUAGUAAACUUCUCUUCGGAGACAUGCACAUCAAAUCCUACGACUGGGUGGGCGAUGCGUCGCAUGGCAUAGUUCUCAAUGAGAAUCCUUCAAACAAUGUAAUCCAACCACCAAAUGUAGAGGACCCUGCUGGAUUGCGUUUGGCAAAGGUUAAGGUCAACUCCAACUUUACUGCACCAAAGACUUCCAUUCUUUAUCCAGCUGAUGGGGGUAAUAUGCACUGCUUCACGGCAUUGACAGCAUGUGCUGUACUGGAUGUGCUUGGCCCACCAUAUUCUGAUCCUGAAGGCCGCCAUUGCGCAUACUUCCUUGACUUGCCAUUUGCCAAUGUCUCAGAUUCAGUCGAUGGGGAAUCAGUGCCUGCAGAGGAGAGGGAAUGCUAUGCAUGGCUUCAAGAGAGGGAGAUACCUGAGGACUUGGCUAUGGUUGGAGAAUUGUACAGAGGACCAAAGAUUGUGGCUAAUUGACCUUAUCAUCAUACUUCUUUCCAUUGAAUGCUCUCAACAGUUGCUGCACUUAGCAGAGGAGAAACUUUUGAUCACUUUCUUUCUUUAUACUUCUUUCCUUUUUUUUUUUUUUUUCUUUUGU